GCCCACUCUCCUGUACUCCUGGAGGUACAAACAAAACCGCAUCCCAUACAGCAAGCUGCUUGAAAUACAUCUGCUUAUGAAAGAGGGAUGUAAAACCACAAAGGCCCAGCCUCGCCUCUCACUAUGCCUGUGGCAGGCUGAGGAACAUGGUGUGCCCAGCAAUCACAAUGCCGCUCUGCGUGCUGCUCUAUUUCUGGGACCGAUCGCAGUGAUUGCCUUGCUGGUGAAAGGCUGCCUUGUAAUUAUAAUUUGGUUUAGCAAACAGCCAAAGCUGUUAUUUUACAACUGCCCAGUACUGAAGGCCCUACAAAUGAAGCUCUCAGUUCGACAAACUGGCUGUUGCUUAGGUGCCGUUUGAGAGCAAACUGCAGUAGCACUUCCCUCUUCACUUUUCUGAGCUCAAACCAUCCCAAGCAAUCAUGUCGAUCGCCCACACCGCUGGCGAGUACAUGCUCUCAGAUGCUCUGCUUCCAGACCCCAAAGGUUCCAGGGCAAAAGGACUUCGCUUGGAGUUGUCGUGUGACCGUAUUGUGAAGUUUGUCACAGUGGGCUUACCGCUUUUCCUGGUGUCCCUGGCAUUUGCACGGGAAUUUUCCACUGGCUCCCAGAUCAGCUGCUUUUCUCCUGGCAACUUCACAGGGAAGCAGUCUGCCUACGUCGACGCUGUGUGCUGGGAUUCUUUGCUUCAUUAUGUACCGGAUGCUCCAGGAGACUCAAGAUCCAAUUUCCUCUGGGUCCUCAAGGUCUUUCCAUAUUCCUUGCUGGUUAUCGCAGUUGCCAUGUAUCUACCUUACCUGCUCUGGAGAUACGCAGCUGCCCCGUCUCUUAACUGUGACCUGUUCUUCAUCAUUGAUGAAUUGGAUAAAUCCUACAACCGCUCCAUCCGCUUGGUUCAGCACAUGGUGAAACUGCAGCAGACUGGCACGGAUCCCGAGGAAUUAUGGGAAGAAUAUGACAAGGCUCGUAGUGAACGUUAUUUCGAGUUCCCUCUUUUGGAGAGAUACCUCACUUGCAAGCAGCGCUCUUACUACCUUGUUGGCAUCUACGUGUUGAGGAACCUACUCCUCCUGUUUCUCCUGGCUGCUACCUGUCUCUACUUGGGAUACUGCCAUGUGGUUGUGUUUUUCAAAGAUGAGUUCAGCUGUUCAAUAAAGGAGGGGCUCCUAAAAGACGAGCCUCACAUCCCAGACUUUGUUCCUUGCAAACUGGUUUUCUUCUCCGUCUUCCAGCUGACCAGCAUCUGCAUUGGAGUGGUGUAUGCCCUCCUGGGGCCAGUCAUAAUCUACCACUUGCUCCAGCUGUGUCAGUGGGACAAGCGGCUCUUGGCCAUUUACGAGAUGCUCCCGGCUUUCGACCUGCUCAGCAGGAAGAUGCUGACCUGCCCUCUGAAUGACCUCAACAUCAUCUUGCUGUUUCUGCGAGCCAAUAUCUCCGAGGUCAAGUCCUUCAGCAGGCUGAGUGUUCUGUGCACCUUGAGGGAUGUCACGGCAGACAAGGAGAACAUUGACACUGUUGUAGAUUUCAUGACCCUCCUUGCUGGUCUGGAGAUGUCCAAACCUAAACACAACUUUUGCUCAUCAGGCACAGAUGGAAACCAGCCUCAUUCCAACAGUGAGGUUGUGGACAUGAAGCCCGCCCAUGAAGGGAAAGAAAACUGCAACAGUGUGCCAUCUUUGACUCUUGCUUGACUCGAAGGAGCAGCAGUCAGCAAAGCAGUCAGGACAGAGUAAUCGUGCUGCGAUGGAGAAGAGGACAGCCAAACACCCCAGUCUUAAAUCCUGGCAAUGGUAAACUGCUGUGUCCGCUAAGUCAUACUGGCCCCGAUGGACUGGUGAAGCAACCUGAAAGCACGAUCCAUAUUGCUUGUUUACUGGCUACCACAUCCAUAGCAUUUAAUGUUAC